AACCAAAUCAAUCAUAUAUAUUCAUACCAAUAUAUACUAUAGUUGAUCAAUGGCACCAGUGACAACAGUGCGUGUGUUCGGGAAGCCAAUCACUCAUGCUCAUCAUGGAAGUCGUCACCAAAGGGCCCUAGCAGCUUUGAAGAACAUGCACGCCGAUGGAAAGUCCGACCAGGCGACGCAGCUUACAAAUGAGUUAAAAAAAACGACACCAGCCACUGUAAGCACCACAAUUGGUAAGGUUUACAAUGCCACUGGUGAUGAAGUGAAGUACGUGACUGUAAAGAAUUGGAGCGGAUCUGUCGUUGGGACGUACCCUGUAAGUAUCAUGAACGGCCAGUGGGCUGUUUUUCAGCAUGUUGGCACCAAAGGCAAAGAUCGCCAAGGAUCAGUUGCUGCUGUUGUAUACGGCAUCGAGGAUUUGGCUGAUAUGAUGAUCGCUUGGAACAACCCUUGGAAAACUGCCACGGGAGGAAAUAACAAUGCUUACUGUGAGAUGAACGGCCCGGGAUACUUUGGUGAUUCAUAUGACUGGGAUGCAGCUUACCAAAAGUUGCUCAAGUCUGAGAUUGAAACCACAACAACUAUGAGUGGUUAUGGAACAAAAGUGAGCAUUGAAGCAGGUGGCAAUGCUCCGAUCUACACUGCCAUUUUCUAUGUUGAAACUUGAAACCUCCAAC